CAAUUCCAAAAAAUUCUCUGCUCUCUCUUCAAACCUAGCCACCACAAUAAAACUUAGGGGCUGCAAUCGAUUUUAUCGAUGGUAAGCCCAAAAUUCUUCUUUAAUUUAAUGUUUUUAGCCAAUAAAGAUCACCAACAGUAUGGUGAUUAUAGUCAGUCCCUCCAUGGAUACAAGUUUGGAAGAUUCGUCUUGCAAAUUUGUGGAAUUGCUGGUCUAUUGGUUUAGGGGUGCAGAUUUAGAAGAUUCGUCUUGCAAAUUUGCCGAUCUUGAUGACCAAUCAAGUUUUAUCAUUUUCGCGACUAUACAUCAAUGGAGCUCCGUAUAGAACGAUGCAAAGACAUAAAAUUAUUCAAGAGCAGUUCAGAAGCGAUGCCAUUAAUUAGAGGUGUUUAUUACUUGUAUUGAGAAUUUUUAUGUUUUAAGGUAUGAUUGUAAGUGCCAAAUGACUAUUAUUUUUUAAUGAAAUCACCCCACUCUAUCUCCUUUAAUAAAAAAAAAAAAAAAAAAAAAGGCUAAAAUUGCCUUACAAAAAGCAAUUCAAGCUCAAGAUAUUUAUUAACACGUUUACCACCAUUCUAUCCUCCACCUCCACUUUAUGUUAAACCUCUACAAUCUACUCCAUUUCCCUUAGAAUUUCAAUACAAAAAUCCAUCAAAAAUGAAAAUUGGGUAUAUUUUUAUAGCAAUUUUUUGUAUUCUAAUUCUGACAUGGGUUUGGAAAACAUUAAAUUGGGUAUGGUUUAAUCCAAAAAAGAUGGAAAAGUGUCUCAGAAAACAGGGUUUGAAAGGAAAUUCAUACAAAUUUUUGUAUGGUGAUAUUAAAGAAACCUUCAGAAUGCGUCAAGAAGCAAGAGAAAAACCUAUUCCUUUUACUCAUGAUUAUGUUGAUCGUGUUUUGCCAUUUCUUCAACAACAUAUCAAAAAACAUGGUGAAAAUUCUUGGACAUGGCUAGGGCCUAUACCAGUUAUAAAUAUUGCAGAACCUGCGCUUAUAAGGGAUGCCUUCAAUAGGAUGAACGAGUUUCAAAAGGCAAAAUUGAACCCACUUAUUCGGUUGCUUAUUACUGGACUAGUAGGCUAUGAGGGUGAGAAAUGGGCAAAACACAGGAAGCUGAUCAACCCGGCUUUUCAUAUGGAAAAGCUUAAGCUUAUGCUUCCAGCGUUUGGAGACAGUGUUAUUGAAAUGGUCAAUGAAUGGGAGAAGUUAGUAUCUGAAACAGGAUCCUCUGAGGUAGAUGUGUGGCCAUUCGUUAACAGCCUAUCUGCAGAUGUUAUAUCUCGAGCUGCAUUUGGGAGUAGCUAUAAGGAAGGAAAAAGGAUAUUUGAACUUUUAAAGGAACAGACACAAAUUACUAUACGCCUUUUUCAGUCAGUUUAUAUCCCUGGAUGGAGGUAUGUGCCGACAAAGACUAACAGGAAGAUGAAACAAAUAAACUUUGAUAUACAAAAUGUAUUGAUGGGAAUAAUCGACAAGAGUAAGAAGGCAAUGGAGGCAGGUGAAACUCCUAAGGAUGACUUAUUGGGAAUUUUGAUGGACUCCAACUUAAAAGCAUCUCAAACUGAUCAAAGUCUUGGAAGUCACAAGCAACAGCAAGCAAUGAGUCUUCGGGAUAUGAUUGAUGAGUGCAAACUCUUCUACUUUGCUGGCCAUGACUCCACCUCGAUCUUGUUGGUAUGGACAAUGAUUUUGUUGAGCAAGCAUCAAGACUGGCAAACACGAGCAAGAGAAGAAGUGCAGGCAACAUUUGGAAAGAAUCAACCAGACUUUGACGGGUUAAACCAUUUAAAGAUUGUGACUAUGAUACUAUAUGAGGUGCUGAGAUUGUACCCUCCUGUGACUUCAACAUCUCGUAGGAUAUAUCAAGGUGACAUGAAACUUGGAAACAUAUUGGUCCCUUGUGGUGCUAUGAUUAGUCUUUCAAUAAUCAACACGCAUCGUGAUCCCAGACUUUGGGGAGAUGAUGCGAAUGAAUUUAAACCAGAAAGGUUUUCAGAAGGGAUUGCGAAGGCAACCAAAGGGAAUAUAUCCUUCUUUCCCUUUGGCUGGGGCCCACGAAUCUGUAUCGGGCAAAACUUUGCAAUUGCAGAAGCUAAAAUGGCGCUGUCCAUGAUUUUGCAGUCCAACACGGUGCUCAUGUGAUUUUACACCGGCUUGAAGGUUGUGAGUAAUUGGUUGGUAAUUACAGAGUUAUGAAAGAUAUGUACACAUAAAUUAUGGAUCCUAUACAACUAUGGUCAUUAAUAAAUUAAAGUAGUCAUAUUACAAGCUCAAAUUAUAAUGUCUUGUAGGAUCAUUGCCACUCAUGGGUGUUAGGGUGUGCAGUUGUGCACACAUUAAUCUAGACAUGAAUAUGGACUUGAACUGGGUUGUAUGAGUCCAGUGAAUUCAACUUCGAUUCACGAUCCAUGAAAAUACAAGAUUCUGGGUUUUCAGUCCAGGCCAGUUUGGGUAAAAAAACCUAAAAACUAGAAUGUAAUCAGUUAUAUAUUUUCUUAUUUCUGUCUUACUA